AUGGAUAAAUUUGUUAUGAAGCACCUUAUUAGAAGAUUUGUAAAUCAAUUUGGAAUGACAUAUACAUCACAUAUAUUAGAUCAACUGAAAAUUAUAGGUUUCCAGCAAGCUACUGAUGCAGCUAUUUCAUUAGGAAUUGAUGAUCUUUUAACAACACCAUCUAAAGCAUGGCUUAUCCAAGAUGCGCAGCAACGAGGGUUUGCUUCAAAAAGACAUCAUGAUUAUGGGAAUGUACAUGCAAUAGAAAAAUUAUGUCAAUUGAUUGAGGUAUGGCAUGCUACCAGUGAAUAUUUGAGACAAGAAAUGAAUCCGAAUUUUAGGAUGACUGAUCCUCUUAAUCCAGUACAUAUGAUGUCCUUUUCAGGAGCUAGAGGAAGUACAUCCCAGGUUCACCAAUUAGUAGGUAUGAGAGGAUUAAUGUCAGAUCCUCGAGGAAAAAUUGUUGAUCUACCCAUUCAAGGGAAUUUCCGCGAAGGACUUUCUUUAACGGAAUAUAUUAUUUCAUGUUACGGUGCUCGUAAAGGAGUUGUGGAUACUUCUAUACGAACAACAGAUGCUGGAUACCUCACACGUAGACUUGUUGAAGUAGUACAACACCUCGUUGUAUGUAAAGUAGAUUGUGGUCUGUGGCUGAUCGAUACUGCACACCACCAUUUGGAUAUUGCAGUUCUUUUUCUAAUCACUGGUCAUAUGUAUAGAACCAAUUGGGUUAUUGGUCAUAACCUCAAGGAUAUUUUGGAAGCUCAUAAAGGUCCAUUUACAGGGGAAGGACAUAAAGGUCUUUACGAGAUCUUAACUACUUCAUGGCAUGCUCAAUUAGCUCUUAAACUAGCUAUGUUAGGGUCUUUAACUAUUGUCGUAGCUCACCAUAUGUAUUCUAUGCCUCCCUAUCCAUAUCUAGCUACUGACUAUGGUACCCAACUGUCUCUGUUCAUGCACCAUAUGUGGAUUGGUGGAUUUCUCAUAGUUGGCGCUGCUGCACAUGCAGCUAUUUUUAUGGUAAGAGACUAUGAUCCGACUACUCAAUACAACAAUCUUUUAGACCGUGUUCUGAGACAUCAUGAUGCAAUCGUAUCACACCUCAACUGGGCAUGUAUUUUCUUAGGUUUCCAUAGUUUUGGUCUAUAUAUUCAUAAUGAUACUAUGAGUGCUUUAGGACGUCCUAAAGAUAUGUUUUCAGAUACUGCUAUACAAUUACAACCUAUCUUUUCUCAAUGGGUACAAAACACUCAUGCUUUAGCACCCAGUUUGACAGCUCCUGAUGCAACAACAAGCACCAGCUUAACCUGGGGAGGCGGUGAUUUGGUAGCAGUAGGUGCCAAAGUGGCUUUGUUACCUAUUCCAUUAGGAACUACAGAUUUUUUAGUACACCAUAUUCAUGCAUUUACUAUCCAUGUGACUGUAUUAAUAUUACUGAAAGGUGUUUUAUUUGCUCGCAGUUCUCGUUUAAUACCCGAUAAAGCGAAUCUUGGUUUUUGUUUUCCUUGCGAUGGGCCUGGUAGAGGAGGAACAUGUCAAGUAUCUACUUGGGAUCAUGUCUUCCUAGGAUUAUUCUGGAUUUACAAUGCAAUUUCGGUAGUAAUAUUUCAUUUUAGUUGGAAAAUGCAGUCUGACGUUUGGGGUAGUAUAAGUGAUCAGGGAGUGGUAACUCAUAUUACAGGAGGAAACUUUGCACAGAGUUCCAUUACAAUUAACGGGUGGCUUCGUGACUUUCUAUGGGCACAAGCUUCUCAAGUAAUCCAAUCUUACGGUUCUUCAUUAUCUUCCUAUGGCCUUUUAUUCUUAGGUGCUCAUUUCGUUUGGGCCUUUAGUUUAAUGUUCCUAUUUAGUGGCUGUGGAUAUUGGCAAGAACUUAUUGAAUCUAUUGUUUGGGCUCAUAAUAAAUUAAAAGUUGCUCCUGCUAUCCAGCCAAGAGCCUUGAGUAUUGUCAAAGGAUGUGUUGUAGGAGUAGCUCAUUACCUUCUAGGUGGAAUCGUCACAACAUGGGCGUUCUUCCUAGCAAGAAUUAUUGCAGUAGGAUAA